AUGCCCGACACGUGGAACGUGUCCUCAGAAGGCCGGGGCACCCAAGGGGCAGUGGGCAUUGUGGUCCCCGUCGUCUUCGCCCUCAUCUUCCUCCUGGGCACGGUCGGCAAUGGGCUGGUGCUGACCGGGCUGCUGAGACCCGGGCGGUCCAAGGGCAGCCCCACCGACUUGUUCAUCCUCAACCUGGCCGUGGCUGACCUUUGCUUCCUCCUGUGCUGCGUGCCUUUCCAGGCCGUCAUCUACACCCUGGACAGCUGGCCCUUUGGGACCUUUGCCUGCAAAGCUGUGCACCUCCUCAUCUAUCUCACCAUGUACGCCAGCAGCUUCACGUUGGCUGCUGUCUCCGUGGACAGGUACCUGGCUAUCCGUCAUCCUCUGCGCUCCCGAUCCCUCCGAACGGCUCAGAAUGCCUGGGUGACCAUUGGCCUGAUUUGGCUUCUGGCCCUCCUCUUUUCAGGGCCUUACUUCAGUUAUUACUGGACAGUACAGUAUGGACGGCUGGUGCUGUGUGUGCCAGGCUGGGAGGACAAGAGUCGCCGGGCCUUGGACCUGGUGACCUUUGCUGUGGGAUACCUGCUGCCUGUGGCCGUGGUCAGCCUGGCCUAUGCCCGCACCCUCUGCUUCCUCUGGGCAGCUGUGGACCCCAGGAACCCAGCCUUGCAAGCACGCCGCCAGGCCAAAGCUCGGGCAGGCCGCAUCAUGUUGGCAGUGGCUGCCCUCUUUGGCCUCUGCUGGCUGCCCCACCAUGUAGUCAUCCUGUAUUUCUGGUUUGGCCACUUCCCCUUCAACUGGGCCACCUACGCCUGUCGCCUGGCAUCCCACUGCCUCUCCUAUGCCAAUUCCUGCCUUAACCCCCUCGUCUACGCCCUGGCCUCCAAGCACUUCCGGAAGCGCUUCCGCCACCUCUGCCCUUCCUGCUGCCACAGCCACCACCACCAAUGCCUCCCAGCCCAAGGAUCUGGUCCCCCGAAGGGGGCCAGGGCACACCGUCGGGUCCAGGCAGCAUCCUUCAGGCUAGCUCCCCUCCGCAGGAAGGACAUGUGCUCAGGGGUCCCCCAGCCCCAGGAGGAGGGGACCCAACCCCGCCACAUAGGAGGGCAGUCCCCCAUGGAGGGGAAAGAGAGGGUCCUGCUUCCUGGAGUCUGCUAG